AUGGACGUUAUUGGACCAUUUACAAUGGUGACUGUAUCCCUCGUCGGCUUAUCUCUGAUAAUGGGAGGUAGUUCGCUGGAUGGAGACUCAAGGAGUGGUGUGAGGAGCAACGGGCAGACAGAAGUCACCAACCGGGAGAUCCUUAAGGGGUUACGGGCUCGGCUUGACCACGCUAGAGGAAGCUGGGUCGAUGAGCUCCCAAGCGUCUUGUGGCCUCAUCACACCACACCAAGAGAGGUGAUCAACAUCACACCAUUCCACCUGGUGUACAAUGGUGAGGUGGUGGUUCCAGUGGAAGUCGAAGUAGAGUCUGAUCGGGUGCAGUUCUACGAUGAUGGAAACGCUAAGCGAAGGAUCAUGGAGCUCAACCUUGUGGACAAAGUGAAAGACAAGACCUCCAUCCGGCUGAUGAUGUACACACAAUGCAUGAAGCAGAACUACAACCAGAUGGUGAUCCCAAGGUUAUUCCAGGUCAGCGACUUAGUUUGGAAAAGAGUAAAGUCGGUCGGCAACGUCACCAAAUUGGAGGCUCAAUGA